AUGUACCGCGCGGCAGUAUAUGCUCAAGCCUUGGGCAAGUCCUCCGCUGCAGUGCUGGUGGUGGCGAUGAUCGGCAGUGUCGCCAUCCUCGUCAUCUCCGUGUUCAUCGGCGUCAAGCUCGCGCAAAUGCAGGGCAUGGAACCACCGCCACCGCCCGCGAAGCUUCCGCCUCCCCCCGUGAACGUCACGAUCACGUCCAAGAUCCAGAUGGCCCUCAUGUUCCUGCAGUCGCAAAAAUCGGGUAAGCUGAACCCAGGCUUCCCCGUCACGUGGCGAAGCGAUUCGGGCUUGCAGGACGGGCGGGAUCAGAACCGCGAUCUGCGAGGCGGGUACUACAUCGGCGGGAGCAACAUCAAGUACCACUUCCCGAUGGCGUAUACCGUGGGCACGCCCGAGAUCGACGACGUGUGUUGGAUCCGGCCCGAGGACAUGAGGCCCGCGCAGCGCCCCACCAUGUUCCCGUGCGACAUUGCGCAUCCCUGCUCCGACCUCGCGGGGGAGUACGCCGCCGCGCUCGCUGCCGCAUCGCUCACCUUCCGCGUUGGCAACCCCUCUUACGCGGACGUACUUCUGAGAAACGCGGCGGAGAUUUUCGAAUACGCGGAUCAGUACCGCGGGAAGUACAGUGACUGGGUCGAAGCAGCGCAAACAGAGUACAAUUCUACCGGGUAUGGCGACGAGCUCAUGUGGGGUGCCACGUGGCUGUACUUCGCGUCGGGUGAUUCAAAGUAUCUGGACUACGUGGUCGGGCCGAAUUCGUACAUCUUCGAGACAAACCAGUGGGGUCCCGGCACGAAGACGUUCGACUGGGACAACAAGGCGCCCGGCGUGCAGGUGCUGAUGACGCGGCUGCUGAUGCUCGGGUACGGGGCGGGCAACGAGGGGCAGAUCCCGCAGUACCUGCAGACGUACCUGAACGCCGCGAAGCUCUACGUGUGCCAGCACACGCCGCACUGGCUGCACGCCAACUUCACCGACAGCGGCGGGCUGAUCUACGUGAGCGACGACCAUCCGAUCCAGUACGCGGUGAACGCGGGGUUCCUGUCGGUGCUGGUGAGCGACUACCUGCGCAUCGCCAUCAACGCCAACGUCUCGUCGCACUACCUCGACUGCGACGCCACCAUCGAUGACAUCGUCGACUUCGCCGCCUCGCAGGUGAACUACAUCCUGGGCGACAAUCCCCAGAAGAUGAGCUACAUGGUGGGCUUUGGCGACAACUACCCCACGCGCGUGCACCACAGAGCCGCCUCCAUCACGUCUAAGCAUGUGGACCCCACGGCCUUCGACUGCGUCACCGGCCGCAAGUUCAAGAAGUCUAAGUACCCCAACCCAAACGUGCUGGUGGGAGCAAUCGUGGGUGGUCCAGGCCGGGACGACACAUACCUGGACGACCGCACAAUCCCCCAGCAGAGCGAGCCUCUCCUCUACGUCAACGCUGUCUUUGCCGGCCUCCUCGCCGGCCUGGGCGCCUUCCGCAGCGGCAACAGCCCUGGCAACUCGCUCACGCGCAUGUGGGCGCAGAUUCCCUGGGCCAAGAAGUACGCCGAGUCCCUUGAGGAGCUCAUUCCCAAGCCCUACCCCUCGCCACCCAAGCCGCCCGUCUCCCCUCCCCCCUGGAGGACCCCUCCCCCCAAGGCCCCCAAGUUCCCCCCCAAGCGGAAUGGCCCCAGCCCUCCCCCUCCGUAUGUCAACCCCCCGCCUCCUUCGCCUCCUCCCCCAAGCCCCCCUCCUCCGCGCCCUGUCAAGAAACACACCGCCCCUGCGCCGCCUCUCUUUUACAAGGGCCAGGGGAAAUACAAGGCUCCGGCUGGUGCAGAUCUCCCCGCUGCUCCCGCUGCGCACACGGCUCCCGUGAAAGAGAUUCCGGCCACGCUCACGCCUGUUCCGGAUCCAGCUGCUGGUGCUGCCGGUUCUGCAGGGGGAGGCCUGCCGGCAGGGAACCCUAACUCCUCGUUCAUCCCCACGCUCAUCGCAGCGCUCCUCUUAACUCUCGCCGCGUCUCGCUUCGUCUCGCUCCCCGUCGCGUCCCGCGUGCCGUCCUCCCGCGCCGCGCAUGUCGACGCGGAUGCGCUGGCGGAAGCCGGCCACUUGGCGGAAGGGCCCGCGGAACGGUGGGGGCAGGGGGAGCGCGGGAAGACCAGGGCGCAAGAAGGGCAGCUGGUAGGGGCAGAUGGGGAAGGAGCGGAAAGUCCAGGGGCGCAUGCGGAAAGGGUGAAAAAUCCAGGGGUGGAAAGGCCAGGGGUGUAUGGGGAAGGUUCUGCUGGUGAGUGGAAGCACGGUAGUGGCGCGUUGAAUGAGUCUACAGGCCCGCUGGGCACGGGAAGCGUGGAAGCGGAAGCUAUGACUGAGGGGAGGAAAGAGGGGGGGCGCGGGCGAGAGGAGGAGAUGGAUAAUGAAGGCGAUUUGAGUGCGGCUGGUUUGGGAGGGCAGGGCGACGGGCGGGAGGACGACGGGGAUUCCAGUGGCGCUGUGGCAGCGGACGGGAGGUGCUUGGUUUGUGAGCAGUUAGCGAGGCUGCCUUGUAUCGAGGAUGCGCCGCAGGUGAGGUGGUUACCAGGUAGCAGUAACGAGGGCGAGGGCGCGGAAGAGGGGGAUGUGGUUGGUGGGCUUGGGGAAACAGAGGAGGCAAAGAGGGAGUGGCAAUGGGCGUGGGACGACAGGGAUAGCAGUGGCAGCGACAGUGCCAGCAGUAAGAGCAAUAGCACUCACAGGAGUAGCAUCAACAGAACCACCACGACCAGCAGCAGCAGCAGCAGCAGCAGCAAGGAAAGACAGUGUGUAUUCCACAAGAUGGCAGGCAAUGAAGCGUUGAGGCAGUUGGCAGGGACAUGGAUCGUGGUGGCUGGGGACUCAGAGCAUAUGGAUAGCAGCAGCAGCAGAUCCAGAAAGGGGAGGAUGGGGCAAGAGGUGCAAGGGCAGGACAAUGGGCCUGGUGAGAGAACACAGCAGUAUCAGCAGCACUCAAGACAGCGGCUGCAAGAGCAACAGCAGGACGAGCAGCGGAAACAGACUCACCAGACGCAGAAGCAGAAGCAGGAGCAGGAGCAGGAGCAGGAGCAGGAGCAGGAGGAGCAAUCAUCACAACACCAGUCCCAACAAAAGCACGUAUUCGUCCCAAGCUCACCCGUCUCCCCCUCAUCCCCUCCGUCCACUGCUGCCCCUCCGCCGCUCCCACUAACAUGCCCGGACAUUGUGAUCCUGGGGUCGGGCCUGUGGCACAUGCUGUGGGUCACGGACCCGCAGCACUUUGCAGCAGAACUUACGGUUCUCCGCGCAACCGUGCUGCACCUGCUGAGAUCCCCCCGCUGCUCCGGCUCUCUGGGUAUCUCUGGUGAUGAUACCGAAGGUGGUGAUGGUGCUGCUGCUGCUGCUGCUGGUGGUACUGCUGCUGCUGCUGCUGCUGGUGAUGAUGAUUAUGGUAUGCGUGAGGGAAGUGUGGAGGCAGGAGGAGAGAGUGUGGACCAAGUUGCAGUGGCUGUAGUGGAGGGAAUGAGGAGAGCUGCUGCUAAGGAAGGGAGUGGGGGAGGUGGAGAGGUGGAUACGAGGGAGGUGGAGGAAGGAGAGGGGGAGGAGGAGGAGGAGGAGGAGGAGGAGGAGCAGGAGCAGGAAGAGGAGGAGGGAGGUAGAGAAGAGGGUGUUGGGGUGAAGAGGAGAAAGGGGUUGGAGAGGUGGGGUAGUCAGGGCGGAAAGCUGGGUGAAGGGAGAAUGAGCGGAAAUAUCCGGAAAGGGGUAGGAGCAAGGCGGAGGGUACAGGAGGAGGGUGCAUCAGGGGUUGCGGAGGAUGCAGGAAGAGGAGGUGAGGACGCAGGGGGUGCUGAGGGCGCAGGGGGUGCUGACGGCGAGGAUACUAGAUUAGGGGCUGAGGAGGCAAGGAAGCACCAGGUAGAGGAGCUGGUGGAUGGACCUUCAGAGGAAAAUGGUUAUGGAGAAGAGAGAGCCACGGGAUUUGAUGCUGAGGGGGAUGAGGAUGAGGAGAAGCAAGGAGGAGAAGCAAGGAGGAGCAGAGACCAAGGGGUUGUGCCUGGGGAGGCGAGUGGAAGAGUGGUAGAGAGGCAAAGUGAAGGUGAGGGACUGGGGGUGACAGGGGGGGAUGGGAAUGGAGAGGUUGAGAUGGUGGAGAUGGAAGAGGGUGUGGGGGUGGGAGAGGAGGAGGAGCAGGAGGAGGUGAUUGGAGGGAAGGUGUUGGGAACAGGACCUACAAAUGAGGAAGAACGGACGGUGGGAGGUGCUGGUGAGGAAGAUGAGGAGGUAAAGGAGGAUGAGAAGGAGGAGCAAGAUAAGGAGGAGAAGGAGGAGGGUGAGGAAGGGGAGGAAGAGAAGGAGAAGGAGGAGGAAGAGGAGGGGGAGGAGGAGGAAGAUGCAGUGGUGGUGCGAGGAGCACCGGUCACGCAGCCUCUCUUCUUCUGGCUGGGCCUCCCAGAGCUCAUUCAGUCCCGGCUGAACACUGAGAGGAAAAGAGAGAAGAUGUCUCCGCGCAUGGUGAAGCUGUAUGAUGCUGUGGUGCGCAGGAGUGGGUUACUGGUGGAACGGGCGCAUGGGACGGUGGGGGGCAGUGUGGGGGGCAGUGUGGGGGGCAGUGUGGGGGGCAGUGUGGGGGGCAGUGUGGGGGGCAGUGUGGGGGGCAGUGUGGGGGGCAGUGUGGGGGGCAGUGUGGGGGGCAGUGUGGGGGGAGGAGAGAGGGCGAGUGAGGAGGAUGGAGAUGGGAGAGAGGGGGAGAGCGAGGGAGUGGAAGAGCGAGGGGGUGAAGGGGGGGGUGGGAGCAGUGGGGUUAGGGAAGGUGGAGGAGAAAGAGGAGGGGAUGGGAGGGGAGGAGAGGAGAGUGGAGGGAAUGGGAGGGGAAGAGGGGAGUCGCAUCAGGCGGUGGAACUGGGUCCUUGUGUGCUGCUGCCACUGGGGGAGCUGAGUAAGGGGUGUGGUGAGGCGUGCACCCCGGAUGGCAUGCAUUACAAUGAUGAUACGUACGCUGCUGCCGUGCAGAUCAUGCUCAAUCAUGCUGCUCGCUUGCUGUAG